AUGAAUACAGCUAUCAACAAUAUCACCAAGUUGAAUAAGAACAAGGUAGUGUUUAUAUUGGGAGCUACUGGGACGGGAAAAUCUCGUCUCUCUAUUGACCUCGCAACCCAUUUUUCAGCAGAAAUCAUCAACUCUGACAAAAUGCAAGUUUAUAAGGGACUUGACAUUGUCACCAAUAAGAUAACAGACUCUGAAAAACAAGGUGUUACACACUAUUUGCUGGGUGAAAUCGAUCCACAUUCUGAUUUCACAGCUGAAGAUUUUUAUGAUCAAGCUAUUUUCUACAUAGAGAAAAUUAUAAGUCGUGGAUAUGUUCCAAUCAUCGUUGGAGGGUCAAAUUCAUACAUUGAAAAUCUUGUGGAAAAUCCUACGUUUAUGUUUAAAUCUAAAUAUGAUAGUUGUUUUAUUUGGAUUGACGUUGACGUAUCUGCAUUGGAACCUUUUCUUCACAAAAGGGUUGAUCAUAUGGUCCAAGCAGGGCUAGUGGAUGAGGUACGAGAAAUAUUUUCUCCCGAAGCAGAUUACAGUAAAGGAAUCCGACGAUCCAUUGGUGUCCCUGAGAUGGACAAAUACUUUAGAGAAGAAAAUAAGUUUGAUGCAUGUGAAGAAUCAAUGAAGAAGAUGCUUCUUGAAUCUGCGGUCAAAGAAAUUAAAGUUAAUACUUGCAACUUAGUUCGUCGCCAACAUGAGAAAAUUAAACGAUUCAGGAAUGAGAAAAUGUGGCCAUUGCAUUAUGUUGAUGCCACCAAUGUUUUCAAGGAAAAUGAAAAAGAAGGCGCUGAUGAUAAAUGGAAACAUGACGUGCUGAAACCUUGCCUCGAUAUCGUGAAAGAGUUUCUCAAAUAA